AUGGACUCGCUGUUGAACAUGACGGAUUACUACCCUUCCGUUAACGCCACUAACGGCUCCGGUUUGAACGACACAGAAGGCUAUAACCAGUUCGUGCAGCCGGUGUGGCAGAUCGCUCUCUGGGCAGUCGCCUACUGCAGCAUGGUGUGCGUCUCCAUGAUCGGUAACCUGGUGGUCAUCUGGAUCAUCCUCGCGCACAAACGCAUGAGGACCGUGACCAACUACUUCCUGGUAAACAAACAAUUCUUAAAAUCUAAAGAAGGAGAUGGCUUUUUUAUUUAUUUAUUUAUAAUUUUGUAACAAUUUCUCCAUUGAAUGUGAACUUUUUUCGUGUGUGUGUCUGUCUGUUUGUCUGUGUCCCUCUGUGUAUGUGUCUGUCUGUCUCUCACUCCCUCCAUCUGUCUUUGUCUGAUCCCUCUCUUCCUCUCCUCCCAGGUGAACCUAGCCUUUGCAGAGGCGUCCAUGUCUGCCUUCAACACAGUGAUAAACUUUGCCUACAGUGUCCAUAACGAGUGGUACUUUGGUUUGGGCUACUGUCGCUUCCAUAACUUCUUCCCCAUCGCAGCUGUCUUCGCCAGCAUAUACUCCAUGACCGCCAUAGCACUGGACAGGUGAGCAGUGUGUGUGUUUGUUGUCACUGGAAUCUACUCCAUGACCGCAUGACCGCAAUAGCUCGGAACAGGUGAGAAACCUGUACUCCUGAGUGGCGCAGUGGUCUAAGGCACUGCAUCGCAGUGCUAACUGUGCCACUAGAGAACCUGGUUCGAAUCCAGGCUCUGUCGCAGCCGGCCGCGACUGGGAGACUCAUGGGCGGCGCACAAUUGGCCCAGCGUCGUCCAGGGUAGGGGAGGGAAUGGCCGGCAGGGAUGUAGCUCAGUUGAUAGAGCAUGGCGUUUGCAACGCCGUGGUCCUCUGUAGCUCAGCUGGUAGAGCAUGGCGCUUGUAACGCCAAGGUAGUGGGUUCGAUCCCCGGGACCACCCAUACGUAAAAAUGUAUGCACGCAUGACUGUAAGUCGCUUUGGAUAAAAGCGUCUGCUAAAUGGCAUAUUAUUUAUUAUUAUUAUUGUGGGUUCGAUUCCCACGGGGGGCCAGUAUAAAAAAAAAUAUAUGUAUUCACUAACUGUAAAAGAGCGUCUGCUAAAUGACUAAAAUGUAAAUGUAAAAUGUAAACCUUAUAUACUGUAUGUGUGUGUGUGUAUGACCACACCACAGCCAGCUACAGUAAAGCUUACAUAACAUCUAUGUACGAUGCCUUCAGAAAGUAUUCAUACCCCUUCACUUAUUCCACAUUUUGUUGUGUUACAGCCUGAACUCAACAUUUUUCUCACCCAUCUACACACAAUACCCCAUAAUGACAAAGUCAAAACAUGUUUUUAGAUAUUUUAGCACGUUUAUUAAAAAAGAAAUACAGAAAUAUCUAAUUUAUAAGUAUUCACACCCCUGAGUCAAUACUUUGUAGAAGCAACUUUGGCAGCGAUUACAGCUGUGAGUCUUUCUGGGUAAGUCUCUAAGAGCUUUCCACACCUGGAUUGUGCAACAGUUGCCCAUUAUUCUUUCAAAAAAUAUUCAAGCACUGUCAAAUUGGUUGUUGAUUGUUGCUAGACCACAAUUUUCAGCUCUUGCCAUAGAUUUUCAAGUAGAUUUAAAUCAAAACUGUAACUCAGCCACUCAGGAACAUUCACUGUCUUCUUGGUAAGCAACUCCAGUGUAGAUUUGGGCUUGUGUUUUAGGUUAUUGUCCUGCUGAAAGGUGAAUUAAUCUCCCAGUGUCUGGUGGAAAGCAGACUGAACCAGGUUUUCCUCUAGGAUUUUGCCUGUGCUUAGCUCCAUUCUGAUUUUUUUUAUCCUGAAAAACUCAAGACUGUAUCUUUGUAGUGACUGGGUGUAUUGAUCAGGGGUUGGAACCGGUUCAGGGAACAGAACAGAAAACAACAAAAAAUUUCAAGGAACAGAAACGGAACUGGAAACAAAGUGGUCCACACUGUUCCGGAAAAUAACCGUUAUUUUUAAAAGCAUUGAAAAUGGUUAAUAACGUUAUUUUACGUUCCAGACAUUUUUUGUAGUCCCACAAUUUUUUUUUUACAAAGCGCCUAUGCAAAGCCCUCACUCUGUCACUCAGAAACGUAUUACAGCAUCUGCCUGCAAGCUGAAAAUCUUUGCCAGUGUGUGUGCGUGUUUAGGCUACCUGCCCCUCCCCCCUCCAAAGCAUAGGCUACUGUACGGAUGUUUGAAGCGUGAAAAGAUAGGAGAGACAUUUUUAAUUAGCUAGAGAAGAAUGGAUUAACUUUUUUCAUGCUAGUUAAGGACACUAUAGGCCUAGUUAUCACGUUUCACGUUGGAUUUAUUAACUACAAAAAGGUAAUUAGCUAGCAAGCUCAAAGGAUAUUCAAAGUGCCUUCAUAGAAGCCACUCAUCGUAGGUAUUAUUCUGUGGACCUAAUUCAGAUGCUGCAUAUCAUGACAAGAUGCCUACCGCUUCAAGCCUGCUCCUCAACCCUAUCUCGCUCUCUCCCCACCCAUAACAUUUCAGUCAAAUCUUGAGCCAUAGUCUACACUAGUCUGUCCAUCACGCAUGUAAACAACUAGCUUGCCUGCUCUAUCCGCACUGAUUGGAGAAAUAAUUUAAUGAGCUAACUGUAAAAAACUGUUGAUUUCACAGGUUAAAAAAGGAACAGAAAGGAACGAUAUCAACGGUACAUUUUUGGGUUCGAACCGGUUCAGAACUUUAUUUUGCUGGUUGGAACAGUGAAACGGAACAAAAAAAAUAGUGGUUCAGUUCAGAAGUAAAUGAUUGGUUCCAACCCCAGGUAUUGAUACAGCAUCCAAAGUUUAAUAACUUCACCAUGCUUAAAGGGAUAUACAAUAUCAAUUUUUUUUACCCAUCUACCAGUCGUUGCCCUUCUUUGCGAGACAUUGGAAAACCUCCCUGGUCUUUGGGGUUGAAUCUGUGUUGAAAUUCACUGCUCGACUGAGGGAUCUUACAGAUAAUUUUUACUCCUGAACUUACUAGGCUUGCACUAACAAAGGGGUAACAAAGGGGUUGAAUACUCAAGACAUUUCAGCUUUUUAUUUGUAAUUAAUUUGUACACAUUUUGAAAAAUAUAAUUUCACUUUGACAUUAUGGGGGAUUGUGUGUAGGCCAGUGACAAACAUCUAAAUUUAAUACAUUUUAAAUUGAGGCUGUAACACAAUAAAAUGUGGAAAAAGUCAAGCGGUAUGAAUACUUUCUGUGAAGGCAACAUGAGUCUUAAAUCCCCUCUAUAAUCUUCAGCAUUGGCUUCUGUCAACCACAGGAUUAGCUUUUGACUUGUCUAGCCUCAAUUCAAGUGGAUGUUGUGUGUGUGUGUAUACUGUAUGUGUUUGAUAUGUGUGUGUAUGAGCAACCUUUUCCUCGAGAUACAUUCUCCAACCCUGCUUCUCUCUCGCAUACUGUCAUCAGUAUGUUGCCACAGCGUAAGUGUGUGUGAGCAGCCUUUUCCUUCAGAUUAUCCCUGCUACCCUCUUCUCCAUCCCUCCUUCUCUCCAUCCUUUGUUCUGGGUUCACUGUCAGAACACAGAUCCCCCUCUCAUCAGUCUGUCACCACAAUGUCAGAACAAUCUGAACAUUCAAGCAUUAUUGAAGUAGUCAGCUUUCAGCUCUCUCUCUUUCUGUGUGUGUGUGUAUGCGCGCGCGUGUGUGUGUGUAUAUGUGAGAGAGAGAGAGAGAGAGAGAGAGAGCAGCCCUUUGCCCCAGUUGAUGCUCACACAGAGUGCCCAGCAAACCGGGAACAUUCUCAGAACAUUACCUAAGAUUCCCCUUAAAUUCUAGUUCUCCUAACAUUCACUAAAAUGUUGUUCACAAUCAUCUGUAAAAACUACCACAGAACAUUCCCCUAAGGUUCUCAUUAGGUUGCCAGGGAAUGUAAUAACACAAUGUUCCGGUAAUGUUCUUAGAACAUACUGCCGCAACAAAAUGUGGGCGCAAUAGAAGUGUUUCUGAGGAAACAUUACAGGAACGUUCUGCUGAUGUUGAUAGAUAUGUUAUUCAAAACACCCAUAACAACAAGCAGGGAAUAGUCCUACAUGGUCUCAUAAAGGUAUAGUGUGACAUUAAGACAUGAUGGUUCUAAAAACGUUCCCUGAGCAUACAUCAGAAAUUAAAUGUUGGAGUAAUAGAAGUUAUUCUAAAAAAAAAUCCUGGAAUAUUGAGCUAAUGUUGAUGGAGAUAUUACUACUACCACCUAUAACAACAAAUAACAAACAUUCCAAAUGUUAUUCUGUAAGGUUAUGACAAUCCAUAAUUGUUCUAAAAACAUACUUCAGCGAUAAGGAAAGUAGUUCUGAAAAUAUUGCUUAAAUGUUCUGCUAAUAUUGAUGUGUAAUGUAACAUUAUAAACUUGCCAAACCUUUAAACAAAUGACAUUUCAAUCUUCUUACAUCAUUAUAUUUUAUUAGGGUAUUGUCCAAACAUAGCAAUAGCUUUUUUAAAGAAUAGUAAUCCAGUAUAUUUGAACCUGUGAUCUGCCAUCUUCAAGCCGUCAGCUACUUAGUGUGCUGCGCCACCAGGAUCCUAAUGUUUCUAGUGGAUUUCCCUUUCUACUGAAAUCCUUAAAUUAUUAUCCAAACUAUGGCUAUACAGUAUGUCUUAGUACAUACAGUAUGCACAUGUAUGUACACCUCACUGAAAUCUGCCAGGCAAUAAUUUAACAUGAUUUGUGAAAUCAAGUUUGUAGGGAAAAUAAAAGUCAAAACAUCUCAACUUUACAGUAUAUAAAGAAGAUGGAUAGAUUAAGAAAUAAUAGAGGACACUUAUUUUUCUAGAUUUAGUUAUUCUCUCUUCCACAACCUGGAAGUCAGAGUAAAGGUGCAAACAGCUUUAUAUUUGUGUUAGUCCCAGCCCAGUGGCGCAGUGGCUUUAUUCCAGGGAUAACACUCCAAAGUACUGUGUUCAUACAAUAAAUGUCUAAUACAUUGUCAUGUGACUAACACAUGAAAGAAACCUCCAUGGCCUGUUCAAACCCUAAUGUUAUCAUUCUGGAAACAUAGGAGUAGCAUUCUAAGAACAUUGAGGGAAUGUUUUGUGCACCCUGAUACAAACAUUGUAAGAAUGUCAUCACAACUGAACAGAUUUUGUGUUUUGGGAACCUACCGUAUCUUUUGUAAUGUACCCACACUGUUCCCACAACCUAAUUUAAAUGUUAUGGGAAUUUUUUAAGAACUCAGAACGGCUGUUCUGUCAACAUUCUUGCAACAUCAAAGAAAUGUUUUGUGCACCCUGAUAGAAACAUUAUCUGAAUGUCAGCACAAUUGGACAGUUUGAGUGUUUUGGGAACCUAUCUCUUGUCAUAUGUUCCAACAACCUAAAGAAAUGUUUUAGGAACUUUUUAAAGUUUUUAAAGUUCUGGGAACAUUCUUUUAACAUCACGUCAGUGUUUGUUUGCACCCUAAAACAUUGUAUAAUCAUCCGCACAACUGGACAGUUGUUGUGUUUGGGAACAUAUAUUUUGUGAUGUCCCCACAAUGUUCCUACCAGACUUUUCCUACAACCUAAUAAAACAUUCUGGGAACCUUUAAAGAACAGACAAAAUGUGUUCUGGGAAUGUUUUAUACAGUGCCUUCGGAAAGUAUUCAGACCCCUUGACUCUUUCCACAUUUUGUUACAUUACAGCCUUAUUCUAAAAUUGAUUAAAUCGUUUUUCCCCCUCAUCAAUCUACACACAAUAACCCAUAAUGACAAAAAGCAAAAACAGGUUUUUAGAAAUGUUUGCUAAUUUAUAUUUAUAACAAAAUCUGAAAUAACACAUUUACAUAAGUAUUCAGACCGUUUACUCAGUACUUUGUUAAAGCACCUUUGGCAGCGAUUACAGCAUUGAGUCUUCUUGGGUAUGACGCUACAAGCUUGGCACACCUGUAUUUCUCUACAGGUACAUUUUGUGUACCUGUAGCUCAGCUGGUAGAGCACGGCGCUUGUAACACCAAGGUAGUGGGUUCGAUCCCCGGGACCACCCAUACACAAAAUGUAUGCACGCAUGACUGUAAGUCGCUUUGGAUAAAAGUGUCUGCUAAAUGGCAUAUUAUAUAUAUUAUUAUUAUAUUAUUAUAUUAUAUUAUUAUAUUAUUAUAUUAUAUUAUUUGGGGAGUUUAUCCCAUUCUUCUCUGCAGAUCCUCUCAAGCUCUGUCAGGCUGGAUGGGGAGCGUCGCUGCACAGCUAUUUUCAGGUCUCUCCAGAGAUGUUUGAUUGGGUUCAAGUCUGGGCUCUGGCUGGGCCACUCAAGGACAUUCAGAGAUUUGUCCCGAAGCCACUCCUGCGUUGUCUUGGCAGUGUGCUUAGGGUCGUUGUCCUGUUGGAAGGUAAACCUUCGCCCCAGUCUGAGGUCCUGAGCGCUCUGGAGCAGGGUUUCAUCAAGGAUCUCUCUGUACUUUGCUCCGUUCAUCUUUGCCUCUAUCCUGACAAGUCAGUCCCUACCGCUGAAAAACAUCCCCACAGCAUGAGGCUACCACCACCAUACUUCACCAUAGCGAUGGUGCCAGGUUUCCUCCAGACGUGACGCUUGGCAUUCAGGCCAAAGAGUUAAAUCUUGGUUUCAUCAGACCAGAGAAUCUUGUUUCUCAUGGUCUGAGAGUCUUUAGGUGCCUUUUGGCAAACUCGAAGCAGGCUGUCAUGUGCCAUUUACUGAGGAGUGGCUUCCGUCUGGCCACUCUACCAUAAAGGCCUGAUUGGUGGAGUGCUGCAGAGAAGGUUCUCCCAUCUCCACAGAGGAACUCUAGAGCUCUUUCAGAGUGACCAUCGGGUUCUUGGUCACCUCCCUGACCAAGGCCCUUCUCCCCUGAUCGCUCAGUUUGGUCGGGCGGCCAGCUCUAGUAAGAGUCUUGGUGGUUCCAAACUUCUUCCAUUUAAGAAUGAUGGAGGCCACUGUGUUCUUGUGGACCUUCAAUGCUGCAGACAUUUUUUGGUACUCUUCCCCAGAUCUGUGCCUUGACACAAUCCUGUAUCGGAGCUCUAUGACAAUUCCUUCGACUUCAUGGCUUGGUCUUUGCUCUGACAUGCACUGUCAACUGUGGGACCUUAUAUAGUAAGGUGUGUGCCUUUCCAAAUCAUGUCCAAUCAAUUUAAUGUACCACAGGUGGACUCCAAUCAAGUUGUAGAAACAUCUCAAGGAUGAUCAAUGGAAACAGGAUGCACCUGAGAUCAAUUUCGAGUCUCAUAGCAAAGGGUCUGAAUACUUAUGUAAAUAAGUUAUUUCUGUUUUUUAUUUGUAAUACAUUUGAAAACUAUUCUAAAAACCUGUUUUCGCUUUGUCAUUAUGGGGUAUUGUGUAUAGAUUGCUGAGGAAAAUGUUUCAUUUAAUCCAUUUUAGAAUAAGGCUGUAACGUAACAAAAUGUGGAAAAAUUCAAGGGGUCUGAAUACUUUCCAAAGGCACUGCAAUCAUCAGCGCACCUGGACAGUUUUUGUGUUAUGAGAACUACAGUUGGACUGUGGUUCACAGAGGGUGGUGCAGUCAGCCCAACGCAUCACCGGAGUGCACACUGCCUGCCCUACAGGACAUCUACAGCACCUGGUGUCCAAGAAGAUCAUCAAGGACCUCAGCCACGGCCUGUUCACCCCACUACCAUCUAGAAGGCGGAGACAGUAUAGGUGCAUCAAAGCUGGGACAGAGAGACUGAGAAACAGCUUCUAUUUCCAGGCCAUCAGACUGUUAAACAGUCACCACUAGCCUUAGUCACUGUUCUAGCUGGCUAUCACCCGGUACUCUACCCUGCACCUUAGAAACUGCUGCCCUGUGUACAUAGAGUAAUUGAACACUGGUCACUUUAAUAAUGUUUACAUACUGUUUUACACACUUUAUAUGUAUAUACUGUAUUCUACUCAUGGCUCAUCCUAUAUAACUACUGCUGUACACACCUUUUCUAUUCAUAUACUCUCCAUACUGUCUAUACACACCAUUAUAUGUAUAUAUAUUUAUAUUCCGGUCUCUGACAUUGCUCGUUAUGAUAUUAAUUUAUAAAAAAAAAUCUGGAUUAUGUGUGUAUUGUUUUAUUAUAUUUGUAUUGCUAGGUAUUACUGCACUGUUGGAGCUAGAAACACAAGCAUUUUGCUGCACCUGUGAUAACAUCUGCAAAGCUGUGUACGCGACCAAUAAACGUUGAUUUGAUUUGCCGCAACCUUACAAAUGUUCUGGGAACUUUAACAGAACCUAUUUGAGGGGGAGAAGGGGUGGAAAGGAUGGAGAGGAAGGGUCGGAGGGGGAAGAGAGGGAAGAGAGGAAGGGAGAUGUUAGUUUUGGCGUCACCCCAUCUCCUUCUCUUGAUUAGAAAAGUAAGUCACAUCAGUGAAGCAAAAGGAGAGUAAAGGAUGAGAGGAAAGGAGAAGGAUCAGAGAUACAUUUACAUCAACACUGCAUGAUUACCUUUCAUUAGAGCUUGGAGUAUACACGCAUGCACACACACACACAGAGACACACACACAUACCCGCACACGCACAUACACACAGAGUGUGCAGUGUCUCUUCUCCAUCUGUCACCAAGAUGCUAUUGAACUAAAGAAGGUGAACUAUCAGUAAUUGCCAACUACAGUAAUGUAUCUGCAUGUGUGUGUGUAACUGAUCACUGUGUGUGUGUGUGUGUGUGUGUAUGUAUGUGUGUUUGUUCCAGGUACAUGGCUAUCAUCCACCCCCUGAAGCAGAGGUUGUCUUCGACAGAGACCCGUGUAGUGAUCGGAGUGAUCUGGGUGUUAGCUCUACUGUUGGCCUUCCCCCAGUAUCACUACUCAACUACUGAACAGCUGCCUGGUAGGACUGUCUGCUACAUCCAAUGGCCCGAAUACACCAACAACACAACCAUGGACUUCAAGAAGAUGUGA